CCUCCGGUCUGGAUAGAGGUGCCCCGUUUCCGCUCCCCCAGCGGAUCGCGGGAGGCCAUUUUAGGUCCCUGUGGGGCAGUCGCGAGUCCGAUUUGGCUCGGUCGCGAGCACCCGGGCUGAAUCGGAAGUAGCUACCUUCGGGGGCGGAGGCCUGGGUUUCGCGGCAGGUGGCCGGUUCCCGGGACCCGGGUAUGUUGGGGCCGUGGACACCCCAUCUCCCCGUGGCGCCCCCGGGUUAGCUGAAGAAGUACUGUUAAGUCCUGGAAAUAGCAGCUCCUUAUCAUGGCCAACAGCCCUGAUGAAGAUCCAGGAGAGAACAGAAUUGUAUAUGUGAAAGGGGACCUUUUUGCAUGCCCCCAAACAGACUCAUUGGCCCACUGCAUCAGUGAGGAUUGUCGAAUGGGUGCUGGGAUAGCUGUUCUCUUCAAAAAGAAGUUUGGAGGGGUACAGGAGCUCUUGAAUCAACAAAAGAAAUCUGGAGAAGUGGCAGUGCUAAAGAGAGAUGAAAGAUAUAUAUACUACCUGAUUACAAAGAAGAGGGCUUCACACAAGCCAACUUAUGAGAACUUACAAAAGAGUUUAGAGGCCAUGAAAACCCAUUGUCUGAAGAAUGGGGUCACUGACCUCUCCAUGCCUAGGAUUGGAUGUGGUCUUGAUCGCCUACAGUGGGAGAAAGUGUCUGCAAUGAUUGAAGAGGUGUUUGAGGGCACAGACAUCAGGAUUACUGUAUAUACUCUCUGAACAGAUGGUCCUUGUGGAUGUGUCCAUGUCUCUCAUCUCACCCCCACUAAUCCCAGAGAACUGGGACAGGAGAUCUUAAAUUGCAGGGAAAAGUUUUAUUUGAAGUAGUCUAUCUCUUACACUGGCCAGAUUCAAGUUGCUGUUGUUUGGAUGGACUUUGAAGACUGGGGUAUUUCAAAUAUGUUGCUGUUAUGUUCAAAUGAGGGUGUGUAGCUGAUGGUUGGUGAUGAUCUGUUAGUUGGGGAAAUGCUGGGUGGUAGUUUAACAGGAUGAACACCCUUUGGCAUGUAACAUUGAUUUGUUCAGCUGGCCACUAAGUGGCAGCAUUGACUCUGCUCUUUAAAGAGAGCAAUUUCAGGGAGGAUGAAAGUUUCAAUUGGUUUGGCAUUUCUUUUUUUGUAUUUUUGCCCCCCCUGAAAUCAUGAUUUGUGCACUUGUUCAGUGUUGUCUUUGUGUUGCCAGAGCCAUUCUAGGAUGGGUGAAUUAAGAUGUUUUUUUAAAAAAAAAUUUGUAUAACUGAGCUUUAUGUUGUUGACAGGAGAAAUUCUCUUCUGUUGAAUAACGUGAAAAGAAUAAAGAGCUUUCUCUUGA